AUGUUAGGUAAAGUGAAUUCACCACAAUUUAUUGACAGUUCAAAAGAAGUUAUUGAUAGAGCAGAUGAAUUUGAUAACACGGAUGUGAUUUUUGAAUCUACUGGAAUCUUGUUUAUCGCCAUUGUACUGGCGCAUGAAAUUACUCAUGCCAUUAAUUUAUCUCGAUCCAUCAACAACGUCAAUGUUAUUCAAAAGACUACACCAAAAUUAAUACUUUUUCGUUCGUAUUCGCACGAUGGGAAUGUAGAUGGUGGUGAUCUUGUUGAACGUUUAUUAUUAGAUGGUGAAUUACAUUUAAGUAAACCACCACCAACUCCUCCAAUAUUAUUUUUGAUCGUGUCUGCCGAUGGCACACAAGUGCCAUUACCAAAAGAAGUUGUUGAAGAAUGUAUAAAAAAGCGUAGUUUUGUGCCAAUCAGUCAAUUAGUUAAUUCCUGGCAAUAUAAUAAUGGGCAAAAAUUGACGAGCAGUGGCUCUAGAAAAGAGUCAACUGAAAAAUUACCGGUCUUAGAACCGUUACUCACCUUUCAAAUAUUAACAUCUGAUUCUGCUCCUGCUCCACCAUCGUCGCCCACUAUUCCUACGUUGACAUCGAUGUUGCAUGCUCAAUGA